UGGCCACGCCCCUCCUCCGUGAACGCGCUGUAUAGAUGGAGCGUUCUCUCAGCCGCAUUCGCAGCUUUUCCUCUCCAGCCCGUGGGCAUUGUUGUAAAAACAGAAGGACAAUACAAGAAUAGAGUGGAGGAUAAUAGAGCCUCUAAAGGGGCAUCAGGGAAUCUGUCCUCUAUUGGAUCUGAGCGGCUCUGUCCUCGUGCAUGAGGCACUAUAUGAGAGCCGUGUGUCGGCUGAACUUCUAGUUUCACAGCGAACAGACAGACAGAGGAGGCAUGAUUCUGAGACGGAGUCCAAGUUUUGCGGUGCUGUCCGUUCAUGUGCUUUUGCGGUGCCUGUGGAUGCGGGUAUGUGAGGCAUCGGGGCAUUUUGAGAUGCAGGUUUUGUCCAUGCAGAACGUGAACGGGGAGCUGCAGAGCGGCGCGUGCUGUGACGGCGCGCGCGCCGCGGCGGACCGCACAUGCACGGCGGAUGAGUGCGAUACGUUUUUUCGCGUGUGUUUGAAGGAGUAUCAGUCGCGGGUGUCUUCGGGAGGCCCGUGCAGUUACGGAAGCGGAUCUACUCCCGUUAUCGGUGGGAAUACUUUUUCUGUCAAGCCUUUCGACGACACGAACGAUAAAUCCCGGAUUGUGCUACCCUUCAGUUUCGCGUGGCCGAGGUCAUAUACGUUGAUUGUGGAGGCUUUGGAUUUCAAUAAUGACUCGAGCACUGGCAGCAUUAAUGGACAAGUAAUAGAGAAAGCGGUCCAGUCGGGCAUGAUCAACCCAAACCGUCAGUGGCAGCUCCUGAAGCACAACGGCCCCGUGGCUCAGUUCCAGUACCAGAUUCGGGUGACCUGCGACGAGCAUUACUUUGGCUUCGGCUGCAACAAGUUCUGUCGGCCCAGAGAUGACUUUUUCGGCCACUAUACCUGCGAUCACAAUGGCAACAAGACCUGCUUGGAGGGAUGGGCUGGCCCAGAAUGCAACACUGCGAUCUGUAAGCAGGGCUGUAGCAUUGAGCAUGGCUCCUGUAAAGUGCCUGGAGACUGCAGGUGUCUGUACGGCUGGCAGGGCGAGUAUUGUGACCAGUGUAUUCCUCAUCCUGGUUGUGUGCACGGCACAUGCGGCGAACCCUGGCAAUGCCUGUGUGACACCAACUGGGGAGGGCAGCUCUGUGACAAAGACUUGAACACCUGUGGCACACGGCAGCCCUGUCUCAAUGGCGGCACCUGCAGUAACACCGGACCAGACAAAUACCACUGUGCCUGUCCUGAUGGAUACUCUGGACAGAACUGUGAGAGAGCGGAUAAUGCCUGUCUGUCUGAGCCGUGUUUGAACGGAGGAAGUUGUGUGGAGUCCAGUCAGGGGUUUGAGUGUCAGUGUUCGCCGGGCUGGACAGGACCGUCCUGCAAUAUCAAUGAAGAUGACUGCAGUCCAAACCCGUGCAAUCACAGCGGUGUGUGCGUGGACCUGGUGGACGCCUUUAAAUGCAUCUGUCCGGCGCAGUGGACCGGAAAGACGUGUCUCAUUGAUGCUAAUGAGUGUGAGGAAAGCCCAUGCAUCAAUGCCCAUUCCUGCCGGAAUCUGAUUGGCGGAUACUUUUGCGAGUGCCUCCCUGGUUGGACAGGACAGAAUUGCGACAUCAACGUCAACGACUGCCAUGGACAGUGUCUUAACGGAGGGCUGUGUAAGGAUCUGGUCAGUGGAUAUCGAUGUCUGUGCGCUCCAGGCUUUGCAGGUGAACAUUGUGAACGAGACGUGGACGAGUGCGCUAGUCGACCCUGUCUCAAUGGUGGACGCUGUCAGGACGGUGUCAACGGAUUCCAGUGCUUGUGUCCACCUGGUUUCUCAGGCGUCACGUGUCAGCUGGACAUAGACUACUGUGAAAGCGGCCCGUGUCAGAACGGAGCACAGUGCUUUAGUUUGGCCUCAGAUUACUACUGUAAAUGUCCGGAAGAUUAUGAAGGCAAAAACUGCUCCCAGCUCAAAGACCACUGCCUCAUCACACCAUGUCAAGUGAUUGACAGUUGCACGGUUGCCGUGGCGUCUAACAGCACUCCAGGCGGCACGCGACUCAUCUCCUCUAGCGUUUGUGGUCCUCACGGUCGCUGUCGAAGUCAUGCCGGUGGGCAUUUCAGCUGCGAGUGUCAGGAGGGAUUCACCGGGACGUACUGCCAUGAGAACAUCAAUGACUGUGAAAGUAGUCCCUGCCGCAACGGCGGCACUUGCAUUGAUAAAAUCAACACUUACCAGUGUAUCUGUGCUGAUGGAUGGGAGGGACCCAACUGUGAGACCAACAUUGACGACUGCAGCAUGAAUCCCUGUCGGGACCGAGGAGUGUGUCGUGAUCUGGUCAAUGACUUUUACUGCGAGUGCAAAAACGGCUGGAAGGGAAAGACCUGUCACUCACGCGAGAGCCAAUGUGACGAGGCCACUUGUAACAACGGGGGCACGUGUUCAGACGAAGGCGACUCGUUUAAGUGUACGUGUGCUUCUGGAUGGGAAGGCGCUACCUGUAAUAUAGCAAAGAACAGCAGCUGCCUGCCGAACCCCUGUGAGAACGGAGCCACGUGUAUCGUCACAGGUGACAGCUUCACCUGUGUCUGCAAAGAAGGCUGGGAGGGGCUCACCUGCAGCCAGAAUUCCAACGAUUGCAACCCACAGCCAUGCUAUAACAGCGGUUCGUGUGUGGACGGUGAUAAUUGGUACCGCUGUGAGUGUGCCAGUGGAUUCGCAGGGCCAGACUGUCGCAUCAACAUCAAUGAGUGCCAGUCAUCUCCCUGUGCGUUCGGUUCCACAUGUGUCGAUGAAAUUAACGGCUACCGCUGCCUGUGUCCCCCCGGCAGGACCGGGUCCAGGUGUCAGGAAGUCACCGGACGUCCGUGUGUGGCUGGAGGUCGGAUUGCUGUAGAUGGGGCAAAGUGGGCCGAAGACUGCAACACCUGUUACUGUCAGAAGGGGAUUGUCACCUGUACUAAGCUGUGGUGCGGCCCUAAACCUUGCCGUAUGCUUGGCUCUGGACGAGGCGACUGUCCGCUGGGUCAGCUGUGUGUGGCGUUACGUGAAGAGCAGUGUUUCGUGAAGCCCUGCUCGUCACAGGGCGAGUGCUGGUCUGCUCACCGGCCGGCCGUUCGUGCACGCUGUCACCCCGAGAGCGACUGCGCCAACGUCACCUUCACCUUCAACAAGGACACCAUGCCACAGGGAGUGACGGUGGAGCAGGUGUGUCGUGAGCUGAGACAUCUGUAUGUGACGAAGAAUGUUUCGACUGAGUUUUCCAUCUCUAUGACCUGUGAACUCUCCUCGGCUGCCAAUAACGAGAUCCAUGUGGCCAUUCAUGUGACUGAGGAUGGCAUUCACGGAAGAGUUCCUGUUAAAGAGAUCACGGACAGCAUCAUCGAUCUGGUGAGCAAACACAGCGCGAACAGCACCAUCAUCGGCUCCAUCGCUGAGGUCCGCGUGCAGCGCAGACAACCGCAAAACCCCAACGUAGACUACUUGGUGCCACUGCUGGUUUCCAUAGUGACGGCGUUCUGGGUUUUGGCCCUGGCGUCGGUGUUCCUGUGGUGUGUGCGGCAUCGACGCAAACAAAGCUCCAGCCCCACUGCCAUCAACCCCGCCACCCCCUUCUCCACAGGAAGCGCAGAAGAAAUCACGGUGAACAACGCUCGCGAGCAGCUCAACCAGAUCAAGAACCACAUCGAGAAGAACGCGUCUAACAGCAGCCUGCCAGGAAAAGAGCUCCACUGUGACGACAAGAACACCGUCAACGCCAAAAUCAGGACGCAUUUCACGGAAUCCGCCAGACUAGCGCAGGACGACUCCAACAAGCGGCUGCAGAAGGCGCGCUUUCCACGCCAGCCGGCCUACAUGUUGGUGGACAGAGACGACAGGCUCGGCUCCAACAGCACGGAUGGAAAAAAUCCACACUGGACUAAUAAACGCGACAACAGAGACCUGGAGUCGCAGCACAGAGCUCCGGAUUCACAGCAAAGAGAUCUGGACACGCAACACAGCUUGCACAAAAUGGAGUUUAUCGUAUAACAAUCAUUGACGACGUCUCAGAAGAUCAAAGGAUAGCAAAUGAAUCAAAAAGCUUAUUGUUGACUGUGACGACAAGUCCGGACAGUAUUUGUUCAGACGUUACGGUGAAGUGGACCACAGGCAGGUCCGUUUUCUUUUUAUGUGCGUCAGUCAGAGCCUGAAGACGUUAACCUGUGCAGAACUUCUUGCCUGAAACACAAAACCUGAACGAGAACGCAAUUGGCCAAAAUCUGCUAAUUGCGCAAAUCUUGAAGCAAAAACAUGCCCAGGUCACAUUUCACCCCAGAAUUCAUAGACAUUAUGACAUUAUUUUAAUGACAAUUAAGCACAUUUGUCUCCCAAAUUCUCAUUAUUGUAAUCUUUUUUUUUUUUUUAUAAUACUGCAGUUUCAUAUAGUUAAAAAUUACUGUAAUACUAGGAUUUUUUUAUGUGAAUCAGCAUAAAUGUAGGGUACAUUUACACAACAACGAUGUACUAGAAAUGGAAAUGUUUUUCAUUUGCGUUUUUGAAAAGUUUAACGUACAGACACAGAUCUGCGAAAAUGAUUAAAAACGCUGUAUUAUUCAUGCCAGGCCAGUAGAUGGAGAUGUCACUUUGUAAAGAAACACUACGCGCCUAUAGACUGAACACGUAACAUGCAUGCGCACACAAAUUUUUGUUUUUGUAGUUUACAUGGAGACGAUAACGGUAUCGUUUUCAAAAACUUGCACUUUGAAACACGUUUUCAAAAGUUUGCGCUUUCAGGACUCCAAAACGCCGUUUUCGCGUUAAUGAACGGCCAAAACACAUAAAAAGUUUUACGUUUUUAGUUAAAAAUGGUGUAGUGUAAAUGCCCCCUAAAGGCAGAACACAAUACAUUUUACAAUAAAAAUUUACAGUAAUUUAAAUUAUGGUUGAAUUUUGCUGGGUUUUUUUGCAUUGUGGAAAUGAGAAUUACAGGGUAAUGUGCUUAAACUCUAUAGUGCUAAAUAUAGGUUGUAAAAAAUAUAGUUUCUUUUCACUUUCUUAUGACUUUGGGAUGAAAUUAGCCAUGGAAAUGCUCCUGAGGAUUUCGUGAGUAUCACCCAAUCGUCGAGCUGAACGGCAUGUGCAGAUUGUAUUAAAUUUUAGAACUUAAUGCACCAGAAAUAGCUUGUGAAUCAUUUCCAAAAAUCAGUGAUUACUGGUGCAUCAUGUGCUUGAAGAUUGUAUUUAAAUCCAAUUUAUUGGGUUCUUGACUGGAUUUUAUUUUCCCGCUCUUUCCAGCAGUUCAUUUUUAUUUAUUCUGCUCUCUUUUUUUUUUCUUCUUCUUCUUUUUUUACAUGUGUACAGUCAUGCUUAGAAGUUACUGUCUAUAUGAAGAAAUUCACUGUCAAUUUAGAUGUUGUAUAGAUGACUUUGUACAUAUUUUCUAAUUAAUCAUUGUGUAUAUUUGAUUUAUUAACUUAAUAAUCGAGAGCCUAUCGUUUGUUUUUAUUUAUAUGCAUUGUUUAGGUUUGAUAAUGUGACCGCUUGUGUCUGACCUUUGUAUUUUUGGAUGGAAAAUAUUGUCUCUUGUUUCUGAAAUGCCAAAAUAAUAGUUUAUUUUUGAAGAAUAGCUUGUUUAUUUGUGUCUAAAUCCAGAAUGCAAUGUGCAAUGUCUGUUAAGAAAACGUGCAUGGCUUGUGUUUGUAAUGUCCUGAGACGUAGGCUAGAUGGGUUUCCCAUCUAGUAUUGAUGCAGAUACACUUUUCUAGAUGUUAUGACUUUAAAACCAUUCCUGAACAUUUUUUAGCAUAUUUUCUGCUCAUAGCUGUGUUUAAUGAAUUUGGCUGCCCAGGAUAUCAAACAACACUUGUUUAGAGUUUUCUGAUAAACCACAGUAUUCAAAUGAACCAAAACGUCUAAAGGGAACGAACAGUAUUAGAAGUGCAAUGUAAUAUGAAAUAUGAAGAAAACAGAAAUGAAUGUGAUAAGCAAGACAAACAUGAAAUCAAAAUCAUUUUAGUAGACCAUUUUUAUUAAUUGUACAAUACAAUAAGACUGUGGGGCUUUUCUGCUUCGGUCCCACUUGCAAUCUGUGUUACUACUGCCAUGUUGUCUAGUUCAUUUUUUGAGUUUGUUCAAUUCCUUUAAUUGUAUAUUUCUUGUGUUUGUCUAUGAAAAAGCAGAGCCAUGAAAACAAAUCAUCCUGGGGUUUGUCAAAACUUUUAUUUCGAUUUUCAUUCAGUUGUUGACAUUUGGAUCCAUUAAAUCAAAUAAAAUUUCACUUGAAUGUUUUGAAUUUA